AACUGGGUGCAGACAGAAAAGCCUGGAGACAGAAGAAACCUAAACUUUCUUCCUUCCUAGCCGCCCUCCACCCGCUCCCACCAUGAAGAAGGAAAUAUUAACCCUGGCCUUUGCUCGAUCUGUCUUUGUCGAGUUUAUCUCCACGCUCAUCUUCGUCUUCAUCGGCCUCGGCUCAGCCCUGAAGUGGCCAUCCGCCCUCCCCAGCAUCCUUCAGAUUUCGCUGGCAUUCGGCCUGGCCAUCGGUACACUGGUGCAGGCGUUUGGCCACAUCAGCGGUGCCCACAUCAACCCAGCGGUGACCAUCGCCUUCUUUGUCGGGAACCAGAUCUCCUUCCUCCGCACGCUCUUCUAUGUGAUCGCCCAACUGGUUGGGGCCAUCGCCGGGGCUGGCAUCCUCUAUGGUGUGACGCCAGUCAAUACUCGUGGCAACCUGGCCAUCAACUCGCUCAACAACAACACGACCCCGGGCCAGGCCCUCGUGGUGGAGAUCAUCCUCACCUUCCAGCUGGCUGCAUGCAUCUUUGCGUCCACGGACAACCGGAGGAACAGCAGUGUGGGCUCUCCAGCACUGUCCAUCGGCCUCUCCGUCGCCGUAGGGCACUUGGUGGGGAUCUACUUCACUGGCUGCUCCAUGAAUCCAGCCCGGUCCUUUGGGCCCGCAGUCAUCGUGAGGAGGUUCAGCCCAGCACAUUGGGUGUUCUGGGUUGGACCCAUCCUCGGGGCUUGCUUGGCUGCUCUGCUUUACUUCUACAUCCUCGUCCCCUACUGCAUGAACAUGUCAGAUAGGGUUGCCAUCGUCAAGGGCACCUACGAGUCAGAGGAGGAGUGGGAAGAGCAGAGAGAGGAGAGGAAGAAAUCCAUGGAGUUGACCCCACCGUAGGAACAGUUGGAAAAAAACAAGUAAAAGUACAGGAGAAAGCCCCUCACCUGGGCUCAUGUGUGCACCAAAGUCAGGCAAUGAACACAUCCAGCUACAGUAGACUUAAGCAAAAGUCUUAUAACUCCAAAACCAUCUGUGACUAAGAAAGGAGUAUUGCAGUGUCUGUGUAUAUAAUCCCUCUACCUGAGUGUGAGCACUAGAACCUCUCUUAGCUUAACUGCAGCCAGCUAAGCCCAGCGACGGAGUCUCAGCCCAGGGCAGCCUC